AUGGGGACCUGGAGUUUCAAGUAUGCUUUCUUCAUGAUUUAUGGUCUUUUAAAUCUCUUAUCGCUGAGAAGUAGCUAUCUGAUCCAGUUUUAUUUUUCUAAUGGAAGUUUGCCUAGCUUAACGGAUGGACAUAUUGUUAAUAUUCCGGGAGAAGAAACGUCAUCUAAGAUGCCUGAGGGCUUUGGAAAAGAUUCCGAUAUGGAAACAGUGAAGAAUUUUAAGAAAAGCGGCGAGGGUGUUUACGCGGUGGCGUCAACCACCGGUUCCUUGAAAGAAUUGGUUGAGUUCUUGGCAUCGCCGGAGGUGAACAUACCGGUGAGAGCUAUAGACGUAGGAACGAUCACACCACUGGAGAUAAGGAAGGUCCGUAUAAUGAGUGAUGAUGAGAAACGGCAGUUCUGCACUAUCCUAGGGUUUGGAGUGGACGUGACUCACGAGGCGAGCCAACUUGCAGAACGAUUGCAAGUCGAAGUGAUAUGUGGCGGUGUGCUUGAAACGCUGAGCGUACAAUUCAAAGAGUACGUCAAAGAGCUGGAAGAGGAGGAGACACAAAGGGAUGGUGGUGAUAAAGCAAUCUUCCCAUGCGUCCUCAGCAUCUUACGAGACCUUGUGUUCAACAAGGAUGACCCAAUUGUCCUCGGAGUGUUAGUUGUUGAGGGUUCCCUUAAGGUGGGAAUGUCCAUUUGCCAUCUGCGAAUGCGAAGUGGGGGUUAUGUGGAUUUAGGACGUAUUGCAUGGAUUGCCAAUUACCGCGGACCCGUCGAGGUUGCUAGUUUAGGCGAGAGGGUGAUUAUCAAGAUUGUUGCAUCAAACCCGGAAGGACAACAAGGACAAGGACUUGCCCAUUUUGACAUUACCAGUGAUCAUGAAAGUAUCCUUUUCAGUCGUAUUACAAGGGCUUCUAUCGAUGCGCUCAAAGCUAAUCACAGGGCCGACCUAUCCAUGGGUGACUGUAUGUUGGUGUCUGAUAUCAAGGAAGUUCUCAAAAUCCCAAAUCCAACCAAGAGAGAUGCAAACUUUUGA